AUGCCUCCGAAGAAGAAAUGUACCCACAAGGCCAGGAAGGCAGAGCUGGUGUUCCUUGAGAGGCCACGAGAGGGACCCGUCCAUUGCUAUGAAACGCCACUACCUUCGGCCGAGAAUCCAAGACGUGUUCCUACAAAACCUGUAGACCAGAACACCUCUGAUGCCUGGGUGUGCCCACAAUUUAAAACAGCUGAGUCAGUGGUGUUGAAAGCAUGCCAGAAGCAGCAUCGUGGUGCUCACAGACCCCAGAAUCAGGAUGCCAACCACAGUUCACUUUAUGCAGGAGGAACUUGUCGAAGAGCUAUAGCCUGCAAAUUUCCUUCUUUAACUUUUGAGAAUCCAGAAGGAUAUGACCCCUCAGAUCAUCCAAAUCACUUGAGGAAUAGCACACAGCAAUCUCACAGACAGCCCAAGAAAGGGACAUCAGCAAAAGCCAAUGUCCAGGCGAACAGUCCAGAGAACUGUAGAGAAAUACCUUUGUUAGCUGCUCCCCAACCUGUGGAGCCAGAAUUCUUUAGUCCACCAGAUGUAGAGACUCCACAGGUGCCUUCCAUAAGGAACUGGAGAUGCAGCAGCACUCUGCCACAGAGAAGUAGCCAUGCCUGGCAUCCAGAAAAAGAGCUGGCAUUUGGUAUUGAUUCCUGUGGGAGAGGGGAGUCAGCAGCAGUACUGGUUGCAGAUACUCCUGAGCAUGAGUAUGGAGUAAAGGUUACUUGGAGACAGCGGCCUCAUAUAAUGAAAUACCUGCAGGAGAGAGGGAAGCUGAGUGCUGCUGACAUACUGGUGAAGAUUAACCCUGAGCUCUCAAGGAGGCAGAGCAAUGUCUGA